UAUGUCUCAAGAUGGCGGCCAAUGCGGGAUCGAUGUUUCAAUAUUGGAAGCGCUUAGAUUUACAGCAGCUGCAGAGAGAACUGAAUGCCACAGCCACAGCCCUGGCCAACAGACAAGAUGAGAGCGAGCAGUCCAGGAAAAAGCUCAUCGACCAGAGCCGCGAGUUCAAGAAAAACACACCAGAGGAUCUGCGAAAGCAGGUAGCUCCAUUGCUAAAGGGCUUCCAAGCAGAGAUCGACGCAGUGAGUAAAAGAAGUAAGGAGUCAGAGGCUGCCUUCCUAAACGUGUACAAGAGAUUCAUCGAUGUCCCAGACCCUGUGUCGGCCCUGGAGGCUGCCCAGCAGCUACAGCUGAAGGUCCAGAGGAUGCACGACAUCGAAACGGAGAACCAGAAGCUCCGCGAGACGCUGGAGGGCUACACCCAGGAGAUCGCUGAGGUCAAGAACCACGAGGUCACAAUUAAAGCACUUAAGGAGAAGAUAGAGGAGUAUGAAGAGACCCUGAAGAAACAGGCCAAGGAGCUGGGCCAGGAGGAGAGGAGAGAGAGAGAGGAGGAGGGGCAGCUUCAUAACGACCAUGCAGAGGAGGAGAGUCAACAACAGGAGGACCAGGAGUCUGUGGUGUCAAAGCUGGAGGAGGCAAACCGUAAGGCCCAGUCCCUACAGACAGCACUUGAAGCAACUCAGGCAGAGCUUUUGGAACUGAAGAGCAAGUAUGACGAAGAGUCAACAGCAAAGGGCGAUGAGAUUGAAGUGGUGAUGUCAGACCUGAAGAGAGCCAAUCAGAGAGCUGAGGUAGCGGAGAGAGAAGCAGAGGCUCUUCGGGAACAGCUGUCGUCCUCCAACAAGUCCCUCCAGCUUGCCACACAGAUCCAAAAGGCCCCUGACAUGGAGCAGGCCCUGGAGGUUCUGUCGCGCUCCAGUCUGGAGGUGGAGCUGAGCGCCAAGGAGCGGGAGGUGCUGCAGCUGGCCGAGGACGUGCAGAGACUGCAGGCUAGCUUGGCCAACAUCCGGGAGAAUUCUGCCUCGCAGAUAAGCCAGCUGGAGCAGCAGCUCAGCACCAAGGAGAGCUUACUCAAGCAACUGGAGGAGAAACUGCGAGAGCAGGCAGACUACGAAGCCAUCAAGAAAGAGCUCAGUAUCCUAAAGUCAAUGGAGUUUGGCUCUUCAAACUUCUCCUCAGCACAGGACUCUAAGAAGCCUCUGGAGUUGUUGUUGAAGAAUCGAGGCUUGCAGUCUGAGAGCUCCUCCCUGCGCCUAAACAGCAGUGAACUGAGUGGUGUGAGGGAGCGAAAGGUCAAAGACUCAUCAGAGGGUCAACAGCGUCUUCCUGCCACGCCCAUGGGCACCAACUUGCAGGGCUCCCCUCCCCCUCCCUCCUCUCAACUCCUCUUGCGCACUGGCUCAGGUGGUUCCUCCGACACCACCCCUGUCACCACCGCCAAUGGCACGCACCACUUCUCGCCCACGGGCGGUGGGCUGGGUGGGCAGGACUUCUUCAGUCCCUCCUCGCUGGUGUCGGCAGGCACCGCUUUCCCCCUGGCGGGCAAAGUGUCGCUAAAUUCCCUGUUGCAGCGCCAGCUCAUGCAGACCUUCUACUCCAAAGCCCUGCAGGACUCAGUGUCUGGCCAGGCCCUGCUCUUCUCCCCCGCCCACUACCCAACCCCUAACUCCCUCUCAGCCAGCCCUCUGCCACCCCAUCAGUCUUUGCAGUCGCAAUCCCAGCACCCGUCGGCGGGCAGCCCAGACGUUAAUGGCCUAGCCCCCUCGCCCAGCCAGUCAGAGGGUGCAGGGAGUGUCUCGGAAGGUGAAGACAUGGACACGUCUGAGAUAGCGCGUCAGGUCAAGGAGCAGCUGAUCAAGCACAACAUUGGGCAGAGGAUCUUCGGCCACUAUGUGCUGGGGUUGUCCCAGGGCUCGGUCAGUGAGAUACUGGCUAGGCCCAAGCCCUGGAGCAAGCUGACCAUCAGGGGCAAGGAGCCCUUCCACAAGAUGAGGCAGUUCCUAUCUGACGAGCAGAACAUCUUGGCACUGCGCAGCAUCCAGGGGAGGCAGAGAGAGAACCCAGGCCAGAACCUGAACAGAGUGUUUCAGGAGGUUCCGAAGCGAAGAACCGGCUCCGAAGGCUCCUCGAGGGCAGGUAACAUCACCACGCGGAUCCGUACUCCGGAGAGUGGAUCAGACGAGGCCAUCAAGUCCAUCCUGGAGCAGGCCAAGAGAGAGCUGCAGGUCCAGAAGGCUGAUGGGGUGGACAACAGACAGCGACGACAGACAGGUUACCCCCGAGGCAUGGGCAACUAUUUCGCAAAAUAUGCACAAAGUCUCAGACUCGUCUCUCUCCCUGCAGUGGACUUGUCUCAGACCCCUCCCUCGUCCAGCAUUGGUGGUGGUGGUGGUAGUAUCGGCUCAGGUGGAUCCUCCAGCUCAGACGAGACCAUCCGCUCCAUCCUAGAGCAGGCAAGGAGGGAGAUGGAGGCCCAGCAGGCCGCCCUGGAGCCCAUCCUCAAGCCGUCCUCCAUGGGCCCCUCUGACCUGGCCCUGCUUUCUCCCAAACUCCUGGGCGCUUCCACUCUCCCGGCCUCCUACUCACCCCUGGCCCUCUCCCUCAAGAAGCCCUCCAUCCCCCCAUCCUCCUCGCCCUCCUCCCUCCUGGACUUCCACUCUGCCAUGGUGAAGGAGGCAGGAGAGGUGGUGGUGGGAGAAGGUGGGGUAGGAGGAGGGUCUCUAAUGGACGGAGGGACCAAGCAGGGGCGGGGCUCCUGGAGGGACCAAUGGUGGAAUAGUAUGCACCCCGGAGGGCGGGGAGUCACGUCUAGCAUGAACGACGACGCGCGGAGUCAGGAGGACAGUAAGGAGAAGCCUCCCCGGCUAGCCGGCUCGUCCUCGGCGCUGGCCCCCUUCUCCUCCUCUGUCUCCAUCUCCUCCCCGGACUGCUGGAAGGACUGGCCCCGGGCCGAGUCCCCAUACUCCCAGGCCGGCUCCGAGCCCGGCGGAGGCACCAACACCCAGGGGCCCAGCCGCGCUGACACCCCCCAGAGCAGCCCCUCUCCCCUGUCCUUGAGCCUGGGGUCCCUGGGUUCCCUGUUGACCCCCGCAGCCAAACCAGUCAAGCCGGUGGUGGCGCCGCUCACGCCUGAGCAGUACGAGGUCUACAUGUACCAGGAGGUGGACACGGCCGAGCUCACCCAGCAGGUCAAGGACAAGCUGGCCAAGAACGGCAUCUGCCAGCGCAUCUUUGGAGAGAAGGUGCUGGGCCUGUCUCAGGGUAGUGUUAGCGACAUGCUGUCCAGGCCCAAGCCCUGGAGUAAGCUGACCCAGAAGGGCCGGGAGCCCUUUAUCCGUAUGCAGCUGUGGCUCAAUGGAGAGCUGGGCCAGAACGUCCUGCCCUUACAGGGCCAGCCACAAGAGCACACCCCAAAGACCUCAGCCAGCUGCAGCCCAGCACCGGAGUCACCCCUCAGCUCAGCGGAGGAGUCAGUGAAGAGCUUGGGGGAGCAGGUGGGAGGAGAGGGAUGUGGGGGUGGAGGAGGGUUGUCCCAGUUCCCCCUCAGGGAGCCCAGCGAGCCCUCUGAGUCCCAGCCCGGCACGCCGCUGCCCGUACCCGGUCACUCAGGUCUCAGCAUCCAGGAGAUGGUGGCCAUGUCCCCGGAGCUGGACACCUACGUCAUCACCAAGAAGGUCAAGGAAGUGCUGACCGAUAACAACCUCGGUCAGCGUCUGUUUGGGGAGACCAUCUUGGGUCUGACCCAGGGCUCAGUGUCUGACCUGCUGGCGAGGCCCAAGCCCUGGCACAAGCUCAGUCUGAAGGGACGUGAGCCCUUCGUCCGCAUGCAGCUCUGGCUUCAGGAUCCACGCAAUGUGGAGAAACUCAUGGACAUGAAACGCAUGGAGAAGAAAGCCUACAUGAAGCGGCGCCACAGCUCGGUGAGCGAGAGCCAGACUGCGGACAGUGGGGGCUUGUCAGGGGGAGACUUCAGCCAGGGAGGCAGCCCCCAGCACGGCCUCAGCCAUCACCUGCACCAGCAACAGCCCCCCCAGCAGCACCUGAAGAAGGCUCGUGUGGUGCUGGCCCCCGAGGAGAAGGAGGCCCUGAAGAGGGCCUAUCAGCAGAAGCCCUACCCCUCGCCUAAGACCAUCGAGGAGCUGGCGUCACAGCUCAACCUCAAGACCAGCACCGUCAUCAACUGGUUCCACAACUAUAGGUCUCGUAUCCGACGGGAGCUGUUCAUUGAGGAAAUCCAGCGAGGUGAGUGCGGUGAGGGUGUCUCCCCGUCCACCAGAGCGGGCAAGGCCAGUGAGGGCGAAAGCUGCGACGGCACCGAGUCGGAUGGCACGGUGGAGGGCACUCGCCCCGGCCAUGAGCACCACCCAGCCUCGGAGGGCGAGUGGGGGUCCGACCACAGGGACGAGGGAACCACCUUGGCCACCGGCAGCACCGCCGCAGGUACCAGCGGCCACCACAAGGGCGGUGCCCUAGACAGCCUGUUCAGCUUCCCCGAGAUCAGCCAUGUUUCCUCUGUGUCCGUGGCUGCUACCGCCGCUGCCCGCAACCCCCGCGACAACAGCCUGCGCAAGAAGAAAGCCGCCAACCUCAAUAAUAUCAUCCACCGUCUGGAGAAGGCCGCAAGUAAAGACGAGCCCCAUGAGUGGGAGUUCUAAUAUGGCCCCCCCUGCUCACGCUACCGGGGAAAGUUCCUAUUUUUCUAGAGCCCUAACUGCACAGUCCCAAGGCCAAGCCUGGAGCAGUACUGCCAGAGAAGAACUGGUGUCUUUUACGAGUUUUCAUAUCAAAGAGGGUUUAGAGAUUUUUUUGAGAAGCGAAACGACAGCAACAACCUGAUUUUCUUUGUAGAUAAAGCACUUAACAGCCCUGCUGGCCAAAGGGCCCCAACUCCACCGGCCAAAGGUGCGAAAGAAACAAAAAACUUGCGCUACUCACAAAGGAGCUUCACUCCACAGGACGAAAGUGUCACGAGAAAAAAUUAUGUGUUUUAUUUGUGUGUGUGUGUGUGUGUGUGUGUGUGUGUGUGUGUGUGUGUGUGUGUGUGUGUGUGUGUGUGUGUGUGUGUGUGUGUGUGUGUGUGUGUGUGUGUGUGUGUGUGUGUGUGUGUGUGUGUGUGUGUGUGUGUGUGUGUUUCCCUUUGAGAGAUUUAUUCGCCACCUCAAAGUUUUUCUAACCUUUUUCGCUCAGUGAAUUCUCACAUCUAACAGACUAAAUGUUACAAUCUUUUCUCUGUUUUCUAAGAGGUUCCUCCUAAUAACUCCAUUGCAGCUGUUUGGUAUCUGUAAGGGUCGUCAAACGGAAAGCCAAGCAUUUAAAACAUUUCUGUCUGCAGGAGAGAAGGACCAUGAAGUGAUCCUUUCCCAUGCAACCUUCUUCUCUGUGCCCCAAAAGUUGCCAUGUAAUGGCUUUGGAACUCUUAAUAUGCUAUGGACUCCAUUGAGAAAGGAAUCAACAUUUUAUAUAAUUAUUUUUCUCCUCUGAGAAAGAAAAAAAGUAUUUAGCAAUUUGGUUGCCACUAAGAGAUUGCACAGUCGGUCGACUCUAAACAAUGCUAGUUUCGAUUCCUAAAUACUUGGGAAGGAUAAAAUGAUAAGUGAACAUACGAUGUAUCAGUUGUUGAAAGGAAUGAUGAUAAAAGAUUCACUUUAAUUCACAUUUGUUCAACGUACAACAUAAAAUGCAACAGUUAUGUAAGGAAAAAUCUGAAAACAUUUUGUGGUAGCUGACUUUUAGUGUUCUUUCUCUUGAGUGAUCUAGAAACUUUUUGAUAAGUAGUGCACAUUUCUUUCAUAGCUUUAACUGACUUUCGGGGAUGCCAUUUUGGUGGCACCGGGAGCGUUUGCUUAAUACACUCAAUUUUAGGCCAAAAUCAGGUUUGAGAAUUAAGAAAACAAACAAACAAAAAAUAAUGAAAUGUAUACAAGUUUAAUGGAGAGAAAAAUAUUUCCGUCUAGAUAUUUUUUAAAACAAAAAGUUACGAACCUGCUUUUUAACCACAAAAACCACACUAUUGAGACCUCAGAACCGGGGCGGGCAGUGGAGCCGAUGGCCGCUGUACUUACCAGGCUGGCCCUAGGACGGGGAGGCUUGCGUUUCAUUGGGUGAAAAAGCCAGGAGAUGCACAGCUCACUUUACUGUAUAUUCCAAGGUUCAGGCUAUUUUACUCUCAACUCUUUACCUAUGGUUGUAUGUAUAUAUGUACAUUGUCAAAACAAAAGACAGAAAAAGAAAGACAAGAAACCCCCGUUCCUGUUGCAUGUGGUGCGCUGAGUCGGUGGAAGAGAUUGACUCUCCUCUGCUUGUGUAUUCCCAUACCGACGAGCUACAGGACUGAUCUAGUCAUGGUCGACCUGUCAUACGUCCCUCCUUUAAACCCCUCUGAGAAAUAUGCUCCACAGGCUGUCAUGUUGGUUUGCUCAGAGGUCAAGAGGCCAAAUGUACCCGUACUUAGUAGAGAUAUUUCAAGGUACAUUUUUACUUAUUUAAUAACCAAUACCAAACGUUCUAUCCAAAGUACUGUUGAUGUGACAUCCCCCAUCCAAUUUGGUCGUCUCUGUUUCAAAGUCGAGCUUGAUUCUUCCACCAGUCUUAAUGCGCUCUCUUCCUUAUAUGAACAGUUUUAUGAUCAAUUCAGGACUGUUAUGUAGCAUCUCCAUUCUCCACUGGUCUCAACAAGUCCUCUUAUCUUCAGCUGAAACUCUUGGCUUGCCUCGUGAAUAUAUCUCAGAGGUUAAGAUCACUUGACACGGGUCAAUGGAAGAAACAAAGACAUUCAUUUUAUACUCAACCCUCAACCCAUCCUCCUCUCCCAGACAUGGUAGAACAGUAGAAACCCCUUCGCACACACCGAUCACAACCUUCUCCCGCCUCUCCCGUUCCUCCUAUGCCACAAGCUCACAGUGCCUGCCCGCCCACUGCCUCUCCCUCUGUGUUUGAGUGUAUGAGAGCAUACGUACGUGUACGCAAGUAGACGUGUGCUUGUGUGAUGUUGUAUGCACGUACUGUAGGAAAGGGGUGUAAGGGUGUUAGAGAGGACUAGCUGCCCUGCUCUGCCAUACACACCCCUAAGUGUGUAUGGCUCUGUGCGUGUUUUAUACGUCUUUGAUUUGUACAUGCCUGCACACAGAGUGCACAACUGCCACCCUUUCUUUCUUCUAAGCUGUUUUCCAAUUUAUCGCUUACUGCAUAGCAGACUCACAAAUACAGUAGGUCUCCUUUAUUGCCAUAUAUUAACGACUCACAGUAGAUUACUUCAACAAAGUUUUUUUUGUUAAAUGUUUUUGUUCUACUUAUUUAUAGGGGCUGUACUUUACAUUUUAAUGUCUUAUUUGAUUUUUGUUUUACAUUAUUAUUAUUGUUAUUAUCGUGUGGGACUAUAAGGGGUCAUGUAAAAAAAAAAAAUUAGACUGAUAGACUGCCGGCAGUAUUGGGUUAUACGUACGAGAUGUAGUUGUCAUACAUGUAUAUUAGUGAAAUUUGAAUAUGUUUUGACAGUGUCAUUUAUAUGGUUUGAACUCAAUUGAGAGAUGAUGUCAUUGAUAGCAUUAUGCUGCAUUCACCUUUCGUGAUGUGUCUGCAGUUUUCUUUUCUUCUUUUUAACUUGUAUGUAUUUUCCAUGAAGAUAGAUCACCUCAGAAAGCAUAAUUGAAAUCAGGUUGACUCAUUCUAUUUUGUACAUUUUCCGUGAAUCACUGAACCCAGCACAGGACAGAAGUUGUGGUGGGGUUCGAGAACCAAUAGCAUCUGAAUGUCUAGAACUGCAGUCCUUUGGCAUCACCUCUGAAUCUGGCGUUUUAUUUCUGAAAUGUUCCAGCUUUAUUUGAGAUUAAUAAACUGAGGUACUGAUAGGAUCGCUAUAUAUGGGCUUAGAUCUAGCAAAAGAGUGUGACUGGCAUUUCCUGUUUAUUGGACCGGGAGGUUUCCUGUCUCUACAACCUAACCAACAUGUGGCCCUGCACAAGGCUAGGGAUCAGAAAACUGGAUUGAACUAUAAACUGUGAUGCACUUGCUGACAUCUAAAACGUUUGUGAAGCUCUUAGUACUACGUACACAGACUAUUCAGAAGAUGUUUAUUUCCACAGUUAUUAUUUGCUAAAUAUAGGUUUAGUUCCUUAAAACAAAAACGUAUCAAAUUACAUUUGUAUACGUAACAAUAACACAAACAGGUGUGUAAAGCACACGCACUACUGACAAACAACCUCUAAAAAGGGCGGAAGGCAAAUAAACUGUCACAAUUUACCUUAAAAGUUGAAUUGCAUGCUGUUAAAAAUGUUCUAUCCUAUUCUGACUUUACAGUAAGCUUACUCUUUAAAGACAUCACAUUAUCAACAGAGAAAGAAAUUAUUGUCAACUUUUCAAAUUGUGCACAUUUGGAGCACAAUAUACAUUGGACUUAAUAUAUGGCUGUCUGAUCCUUGCGUCGUACCCUGGCUCUAGAGUGGGUCCUAAAUGCCUACUGUUCAGCUGCCCCUCCUACAGCAAAGCUGGUGGUGAUUAGAUCACCUCUGGAGGGCAGUGAAGUUAGCACACUGUUCAGAAGCCCUGCGUCCUGGCUGGUUCCAAACUACACUCCCUCAAGUGCCACACUGCCAGUCUGGCCAAUUACAGCAGUCCCUAUCAGCUGGUCAUAUUGUUCAACUGAACUUCGAAUAAAAGCACAAGUACUGCGACAAGUUUAAAAUAAUUGUUGUUCCAUUUAAUGGCUGCAAGUAAAGCUUACAUUGAUCAUACCCAAAAACAUUACCUUUCAAAAAAGGAGUUGAUGUUUUAGCACUAUUAAAGAGACAUCUUAGCUUAGCACUUACCGUCUGCGAGUCUUUUCCUCCAGACUAUCUUAAGUUCAUAGGAGUGCCUUUGCCUUAAAGUGACCGAAGUGUUGAUAUUGUUUUUAAGGAUUGCUUAUAAAUGAAUGCAGUAAACUGGCCUCUUACUCUGAAGUCUUGCUCCCCCAUCCCAUCGUCAUUCUCAUGAGACUUUUCAUCACUGAUCUCCAAGUCUUGUGCAGGCACCACAUGGAAACAAGCAAUAAUUUUGAUUUGUCUCCCACAUGCUGUGUCCUCAACACAGCUGUUGACGUCUGUAGCAAAGUUGUUUUGUCUGGAAACGCUCCACUGCUGUUGAACAAAAGGGGUCCAGUUCUGUGACUGUCUGCAGACCUGGGCUGGCUCCUCCAGAGGUGAUGCCAAUACAGACUUGUAGGCCACAGAUCUGUAGGAGGUACACAAUCAAAAGUCCAAAUGCAGAUAGUCGGUAUGGCUCUCAUUAACAAUGAUGCAGCCUUGAGUGUCUGGUAGAGGCAGUAGUGAAAGGGAUUUCAUCAACAGUAAGUGAGUCUCCCAGAGGGAUUUCAUCAACAGUAUGUAAGUCUCCCAGAGGAAAUUUCAUCAACAGUAUGUGAGUCUCCCAGAGGGAUUUCAGUUUGAUAUUAUUACUAACAUGUCAAGUUGUGCGAUCAUGAUGUCAACUGUUCCCAGCUAUACCCUGUUAGUACAGGCCACAAUAGCGAUAGCUGACAGGCAGUGCUUUUUGACUUGGAGUUACAUUUCUGUGGAUUUGUUUUUAUUUUUCUAUUUCUCAUUUGAUGCUAAUGCAAGAUUUGAACACGAGUUCUCUCACUUUUUCUCCCCAAAUCAUGUUCUGCCGUCAGCCAUUUUGGAACAUUGCAUGUAGUUUUGCCCUUUGGCCCAGAGGGAAAGGUUUUUGAUCAUUAACUUGUAUUUGAUUUUAUCCCUAUUAAUUCAUAGAUCAAUGUGUUUUGGAUUAUUUUUUAAUCGUACUCUUUUAAAGGGGGGUUGUGCACUCUGAGCUAAUGGAAGUCAUUCUGUGGUGGAAUUAGUUUUGAACUUUUCCCUAUUUUCAAACCGUCUGAACGUCAUUGCUUCUUGUUAAUGUGUACCACACCUCUUUUUCCUCAUGCUAUAGGUUAGGUUCACAUGACAUUGCUUUGUCAGACUCUCCUUCCCGAACAAGAGAUUGCACCCUUAGUAUUCAAGAACACGAUUCUCCUUGAGGCCACAGUCAUGGAAAUCAUGCUGACUAGAACGGCACAGAACAUAGACAAGGACAGAUAUCACACACCAAUACAUGAACAAUACAAUUGAAAGAGGACCAAAUCAGGCUUGAUUACCUUUCCGAGUUAUUGUCAAGCACAUGUUCAUAUAGACAUAAAGAACAGGCUAUGUUUAUCAGUCGCAGUUAAUACAGUGUUUAUGUUGUAGGCACUGGGUGUCCAAGAACUAGAGGUCGGUCCUCUUUUCUCCCUCUUUUCUCCCUCUUUUCAUGUGUAUACUUCUGUUAUUGACAGGGAAAGGUUUUCUUAAAGUGUUGGUUAGAUUUGUAGACACAGAGUUGUCUGUAGCUUUCUGAAUGAACGGGUAAGAUUCUGAGUAUCAUGAAGAAUUAGGGGACUGGAUUUGACAGUGGAACCCUGGAGGAAGCACCCAAAGCAACACUGGUUUAUACAAAGGGCAUUUUGCAUGUGUUUGUUCAGUUUCUUUGUGCUACAGUUCCCUUCUGUGUUUUCAUGUUCUUUUUCUGUUGUUAAGAAAAACAUUGGUUGUUACAUUGUUGCAGAAACCAUAUGAUUAUUUUGGAUGAAUUUCAGGAAUUUGCCCUUUGCAAAUAUUUUUCUAUAGAACUAAAGUAGAUUGCUAUCAAUAUUAUAUACACUGUCAUAUAAAGUUGUACAGAUAUAUAUCCUUAUAGCAAGUUGUUAAGAAUUACUAUGGGUUUGUUUUUUGUUAUUACUGUCAAAGUAUUGGUAGUUCUUUCUCUAUAGGGUUGAUGUGUCCAUAGCUUAGUUUUUUCCCCCAUAUCAGGACUAUGAAAACCUCACACUGUAAGAUCGACUUCAAGGACCGUUGCAUACGUAUUAGCAUUAGCCAGAGCUAAUCUCAUGGUGUUUGUGUAUCAUGGAUUCACAUUUCUCUUAUGACCCUCCAAUUAUUUCAUAACCUUAUGUUAUUUGUGAGACAAACAUUAACCCAGUAAACAUGAAGACCAAUGCCUUGAUUCUCAUUGAAGCAUAUACAUAACAGAACCAUAUGUCAUUGCACAUCACUAGCCCCAAUCUAUACUUGCUUUUAUUUAUAGUAUAUACACUCCUUAGGCUUUGUUAGAUUCUCCUUAUUCAAUGUCAACAGACACUGGUAGUGACAAAAGGUUUUUGACGAUGUUUGCUAAAAGUGUGAUGAAAUCUGGAAUGAUUUGCUUUUGAUUUGCCUUCCCGUUUUAAGAUGAGAUUUGAUUUGAACAUUAAUGCAUUUAUUUUUUGCUCAUCUUUUUGCUUGUGUUAAGUCUCAGAAGUCAGCCAGGGACAGUAGUCUUGUGAUUGUGAGAAGAGUCAGAAGUCGAAAUGUUAAUAGAGUUGUGAUGCCAGUGACAUUGGAAAUGGAGACUAAAAUAGUGGUCAACAAUGGCGGCAUUAAUAAUGUCAUAUUCAAUCUGAAUUUGGAUUGUCUAAGUGUGGUCACACAUUACUUUAUGCAUUACUGAUUGACUGCUGAUUGACAUUUUGCAUCCAACACUCAGUGGUAGUUUGCAUAUAAGUUACGAUGAAAAACGAUAUAAUAAAUGUUGACAUCGAUUAACGGUUGGUUGUGUUACAGUAGUUUUGGGCUUUUGUCGGCAAACUCCAAAUGGACAACUAAUUUUGCUCCCUUUAGAGUGACAUCCAAUAUUGUGUUUUUUGAAAGCUGUGUUUUUAGAGCUUUAGUGAAGGAAGCAUGAUAGAACUACAUCACCCACAGUCCUUUGCUGCUACCUUGUUUUCUUUCUAUUCAUAUGAGAGGAUGUUGUGGUGGCGGACGUAUAAGCUGAGUGUCUAUGGAGUUCCCUCCCUCAGUUCAGCUCUAUGUCUCCAUACUCACAUUGACAUGCUCCCAAGGCCUCAACUGACUGUAUUAAUUUAUAACUGGACAAAUCCCUGCUGAAGUCAUCAAAUUGGUUUGUGUCCAGUUCACCUUUGUUUGGCCAUGUGCUAUAUCUAAGUCUAAGAUCGUUGUUUCAUGUUGACGUAUAAUCCGAUUCUCAUUGACUAUAGCCUUGUUCACAUUGGAAGUUGACUCAAAUUACAUUUAUUUUGCAUAUCCGAUUCGAAUGUGGUCUUUUUCCUGCAGUCUCAACAGCCAAAAAGUACAUGGAAUCAAAUAUUUCAAUCCACAUUUCAAACCGCCUUUGAAGUCUCACACAAAUAUGAUUCCUGGCCAUGCAACUUGUGUCUGAACAGUCAAAUCUGAUUUAUUCGCCCUCAAAUGUUUUUUAAGACUGUUAUUUGGCAUAUCUUGUUGCUUGCUAGCUAGUUCCAGUUUGACAAGAACAUGUGGUUGCAAAAUAGCUUGUUCAUUGUUAGUGAAUCUGCUAGAAAGCUAAAUAGCUACCUAGCUAAGUGACUAAAAGUUGGAUCAUCUUAUCCUUUGAGGCUUUAUAAGUGUUCUUACACAAUGAUUUUGAACAUUCAAAGCAACUUGAAGGUUGUCACCUUAGCCUGCUACAUUACUUCUGAGUGAUAGGCAGCAGGAGCACCGCCACCAAUUAGCCUACACCACAGUGCACGCCCGUCAUUACUAGCGUAGCCAUGUCAGCAAAUGACUGCUGUCUGAAUACACAUUUCCAAUUUGGUCACUUGUAACUUGCUGUUUGGACAGUCGGUAUUCCAAAAUGGAUUUGAAAAACAAAACUGAUUUGAGUUUUAAGGCCUGCAGUCUGAACAAGGCUUAAUUAUGUUAAGAACAAAGCUAGCUAUUACUCGCCAAUGGUUUUUUGCCCCUCCCCUUUACUACUACCCUACCAGGUUUAUAAGCAACCUUCCUUAAAGGUCUAUUUUUCAGCUGAUAAUUUUAAAACUAGGACACUACUUUUAUCAAGCAUGGAAAGAAGUCUGAGUGUAUGAGUUAGGUGUUGGAUGGUGUCAAUUUGGCCAACUCUCAACCUUCACAGUGCCAGAGGUCUCCAACUUUCUGAUGUUUGGUCAGGCAGCCAUCUCACUAUCAGUUUAUCUACUGUAAUGUCAAGUUGCUGUGUCAGUAGACUUUCAAUUCCGUGUAUAUACUCUCUGAUUACACAUAGGUCACGUUGUUGGUCAAAUGUCGUUCAAUUACAGAACUUGAGAAUGCCUGUUUCAAUAGACACUGUAGAUUUUCUGAGAUAAUUGAGGCUAACAUGUUUUAGUCUUUUUGCUUUGUAAAUGGGUGAAAGAAGAUCAAGAUUUUAUACCAAAUAUUGUUUCAUUCUUUUUCCACUGCUAAGGAGACCUUUUAGUACCUUGAAUGAAAGGUUUAUUGCUUAGCUCUUGUUUUGGCAAAUGCGAGUGUUAUUGGAGAUGUACAGAUAUCGCUUCCAUAGAAAUUGAUUUGUGCAAUUUAAUUUCUUAUGAAGGUUAUGUGAUUUGUUUCUUUAAACCAAACUUCACAUUGAAGUUAGUUACCAUAAUCUUACAAAAUAAAAAAAAUCCCUUCAACCAAAAAAGUGUAAUUCUCAACGAAGAGUUGGUACUUCCAACUGAAGAGUUUCAGCGCAAUUCACUUUUCCUCCAACACUUCACUUAUGAAUAAUAGCUUGACGUGGGGCAAAACAUUUUGGCAUUCAUAUGACAUGGCGUGUGUGUGGAGUGUUGAGCAGCUCCUAUGCAGUUAUGGGAGGCAGUUUCCUUAUUCCUUUUAGUUUGUGUCCUCUUUUUUUACUGACUGCUUUUGAAGUGAGGAACCCUCCCACCAUCUCAGCUGGUCUAAUUUGGUCUCUCAAAGCUCAGGUGGAAACUACUUUUAGCAGAGUCCUUGUGUCACUGUCACUGGCAAAAACAGUUCUCCCCUUCAUCUUCAGUCCAGAGAGAGGUGUAGUUAGUUGCUGUCGGCUGAUUUAUUUUUCUAUGAAGCAAUUCUAGGCCUCAUGAUCGGCAAUGAAAGGUUGACUCCACCUUCACAGGAGAAAAAUAAUCUUCUUCCAGUUUCAGUUUGUUCUCUCGUUUGGUUCCUUUUUUACUUGGUCAUUUAAGUCAUGUAGUCUGUUCCCAGCACUGUAAGACAGUCCCUAUACAAUAUGGAGAAGCAAUAUCACUGUAUGAAACUCACAAUGUAUUAUUGUUAUUAUUAUUGUUAUUAUUAUUAUUAUUCACUAGCACCCUAGGUGUGAUAAUUGAAGUAAAUAUCUUUUAUACAAACACAAA